AUGAAUUCCCCCUACCUUGCAACCCUUUUUGCCAUUUUAGUUGCAAUCUUUUUCUCCAAAAAUGUUUUCCUUGGGGCAGAAUCGGCAACUCUAAGCACAGACAGAGAGGCCCUGCUCUCUUUCAAGUCUCGGGUAAGUAUGGAACAACCUAAUGUUCUAUCUUCUUGGGAACCAAACUCCUCCCCUUGCAACUGGACAGGAGUAGUUUGCAACGAACUCGGCCAGAGAGUGGUUGAGCUUGAUCUCUCCGACAUGGGAAUAACUGGUUCCAUAAGCCCUCAUAUAGGCAACCUCUCAUUUCUUAGAUCACUUCAACUUCAGCAUAACCGAUUCAAGGGAACACUCCUUGAUCAACUUGGCAAUCUUUUGCGUCUGAGGAUUAUGAACACGAGCUCCAACAGCAUAGAAGAUGGAUUGAUACCUAGUGAGCUGUCUCGUCUUCGAAAUUUGAAGCAGCUAGAUCUCACCAUUAACAAUCUCACUGGCACUAUACCACCAUCCAUAUACAACAUGUCUUCACUGGUGAAUUUAGCUAUGGCGUCCAACGAUUUGUGGGGUGAUAUUCCUAACGAUGUUGGAGUUACACUCCCAAACCUUCUAAUCUUAAAUUUGUGCAUCAAUAAAUUCACUGGUACUAUUCCAGGGUCUUUGCACAACCUCACAACGGUACAAGUCAUUCGACUGGCAGACAACUUGUUGCACGGGACGGUACCACAAGGACUGGGAAAUCUUCCGGACCUUCAAAUGUACAACAUUGGGUUCAAUAAGAUCGUUAGCUCCGGUGAAAGUGGUCUCGAUUUCAUUGCAUCUUUGACGAAUAGAACCCGUCUCCGCUUCCUUGCAAUUGAUGGCAAUCUUCUAGAGGGUGUAAUUCCAGAGUCCAUAGGCAAUCUUUCCAAGUUAAAUUUGAGCUACAACUCAAUUUCGGGUCAAAUUCCCCAAGAAAUAGGCCAAUUGGAGAAACUACAGAUGUUGGGUUUGGCAGGAAAUCGUAUCUCCGGCAUAAUUCCAAGUUCCUUAGGUAAUCUCCAAAAGCUGAAUGAUAUUGAUCUAUCAUGGAAUGCAUUGGUGGGCCGCAUACCCACGAGUUUUGUGAAUUUUGGGUAUUUGAUCUCAAUGGACUUGUCUCAUAACAAGCUCAAUGGAAGCAUACCCAAGGAAAUUCUAAAUCUCCCAAGUUUAAGAACCUUCUUCAAACUUUCUAACAAUUUCCUAUCUGGGCCUCUGCCUCAAGAAGUUCGAUUCCUACAAGGGGUUGGCACAAUUGACCUCUCUGGCAACCAUUUGUCAGGUAACAAUCCCAUGUCAAUUGGUAUGUGUAAGAGCUUGGAGAAAUUGUUUAUGGCCAACAACAUGUUCUCAGGUCCUAUUCCAGAUACUUUAGUAGAAGUGAGAGGCUUGGAAACUCUUGACCUCUCCUCAAACCAACUCUCUGGUUCAGUCCCUCCUGACAUACAAAACUUGAAUGCCCUGCAACUGUUGAACCUCUCUUUCAACAACCUUGAAGGUGAAAUUCCCACUGGUGGGGUUUUCUCAAAUAUCUCUAGAGUCCAUCUGGAUGGCAACCCAAAGCUUUGCUUGUAUUCGGCAUGUGAAAAUAGUGGUGGUCGUGGAGUACAAUUGAUUUUGAUUAGUGUUAUAAUAACAAUUGCUGUUAUAUUAACACUUUGUUUCACUGUUGGUUUGUUGUUCUACAUAAGAAAAGGCAAAGCAAAGGCCAUGGCAUCAUUUGACUCCUCCAAGGGGCAACAACACCAAAUGGUCUCUUAUUAUGAACUUCGUCUUGCAACUAAAAAUUUCAACCAAGAAAAUCAGAUUGGACAUGGCAGUUUCAGAACUGUUUACAAAGGGUAUUUUAGAGAAGGAAUCACCAUCGCGGUUAAGGUCCUUGACACACAAAUAAUAGGUUCUCGGAAGAGUUUUUUUGCGGAAUGUCUAGCUUUGAGGAACACCAGGCACCGAAAUCUUCUUAAACUGAUCACCUCAUGCUCGAGCUUAGAUUUCAAGAAUAUGGAAUUUCUUGCUCUGGUUUACGAGUUCAUGAGCAAUGGGAGCUUAGAUGAUUGGAUUAAGGGAAAGAGAAUGAAUGUUGAUGGGGGUGGAUUAGAUAUUGUUGAUAGAGUGAAUGUGGCAACUGAUGUUGCAAGUGCCAUAAACUAUUUGCAUCAUGAGUGA